AUGGCAUUCUCAAAGAGCCUUAAGCGAAAAGUUGAUUCAGAGAACCGUAGUUUUAAUGAAGAAUGGACUGAUAAGUACGUAUUCAUAUUGCCUCCUUUUAGAAAUGCUGUACCUGUGUGCCUCAUUUGCAACGAAACUGUCGCUGUCGCUAAAGAGUACAAUCUGAGGCGUCACCACAGUACAAAGCAUGCAAGCUUCAAGGAGUCUUAUCCUGAACAGUCAGAGGCCCGUAAGAGAAAAGUUGCUGCUUUGAAAUCUCAGUACUCCCAUGCCAGCGGAAUUAUUAACCGAACUUCAACUGAGCAAGAGAGGGCAACAAGUGCGUCUCUGCAGGCUGCCUGGGUACUCUCCAAGCAUAACAAGCCAUUUACCGAUGCUGAGGUUUUUAAGGAGUGCAUGGUGGCUGUUCUGGAGGAACUUGCCACUGACAAAUCUACGGACAGGAUAAUUGCGUCUGUUAAGCAGAUACUUCUGUCUGCUAAAACUGCUGUUCGCCGUGUCCAUGUUUUGGCAAAUGAUGUCCAGCGACUUGUAAUUGAUGACAUCAAAGAAGCCAGAUACCUAUCGCUGGCUAUUGAUGAGUCCACCGACAAUACUGACAUUUCCCAAAUGUGCGUUUUUGUCAGAUAUUUUGAUGGCAAAGAUUUCAAAGAGGAGCUGCUGGGCUUAAUUCCACUGGAGGGCCUGACAACUGGCGCUAUUAUCUUUGGUAAGCUGGAGGAAUUAUUUCAAAAGCAUGGACUGUCAUUUGAAAAAGUCAACCUGGUUGUCACAGAUGGUGCUCCUGCCAUGAUUGGCAGAAACAGGGGACUAGUGAGCAGAAUUAAGGCUGUCGCGCCCAGCAUUAACGCACUUCACUGUCUCAUUCACCAAAGCGUGCUCUGCUCAAAAUUAAGUGGCGAUCUUAAAGAGGUUAUGGACAAAACAAUGAAAAUAAUUAACUUCAUCAGGGGGAAUUCAAGCACACAGCACCGUUUAUUCCGAAAAUUUGUGCUGGAAUCUGAAGCCUCUCAUGAUGACCUCUUACUCCACAACGACGUGCGCUGGCUCAGUAAGGGCAAAGCACUCGAGCGUUUCGUUGAACUCAGAGAUCAAGUUGUGAAUUUUUUAAUGCAAAGUCAAUCAAAAACAGCAGCUGACCACUUGCGCAUCAUGCAAGACACAGAAUACAUGUGCAAUGUUGCAUUUUUAACGGACAUAUUUUCCCAUUUGAACGCACUAAAUCUACAACUACAAGGGAAACAAAAUACCGUGGUGAAUAUGGUGGAAAAACUUGCUGCUUUUGGAACCAAACUUGAUCUUUUCCAUGAAGAUUUGUUGUCGGGGAGGCUGCUACACUUUAGCACACUUAAAACAGUGGGUCACAGCAGGGUCACAGAGAACAUGAGGACAUUUAUCACACAGCUGAGGGGAAAUUUCUCUGCCAGAUUCGAUGACUUUUCCAUUUCCAGGGAUGUCAUUGGAUUCGUGCGUGACCCGUUCACUAUCAGUCCAGUUGGAGAAUUCUCCGCUAACGUGAGGAAGAUGAUGCCGCUGGACGAGGCGGCUAUUCAAAGUGAACUGAUUGAGAUCCAGGCCGCUGGUGACAUGAAGGCUGCUCUCCGUGGUUCUGAAAGCUUGAGCGCCUUUUGGGUGGCUUGUCCUCAAGAGUAUGGGACACUGAAGUCAUUGGCCAUGUAUGUGCUCACCAUGUUCGGAUCGACAUACACCUGUGAAGCUGCGUUCUCAAAAAUGAACUCUAUAAAAACCCAUGAGAGGAACCGACUAUCAAACCAGUCUUUGGAGGACUGCUUGCGCAUAAGCCUAACAGCUGUUACACCAGAUGUAAAAAUGAUAGUGUCGAUGGGGAAAUGUAACUUCUCCCAUUAA